GUUGGUACAAAAAAUCACUCCGAGUCACUACAAAUCAUUAAAUUGGCCCCUUUAAUUCGUAAAAUACGAAGAAGAGCCUUAAUUACGCAAAAAUUGAUUUUGUCAAGUUGGUAGCUCUAAACCAAUGUCAACUCGCAAAACGUGAGCUAACCUCAAAAAUACAUGUGUUGCGAUUUUGGUGUUUACUUGGCAAAAAAUGGUAAAAAACCAAGCGAACGAUGACUCAAAUGAGAAAAAAUCGCACCGGGACCGGCAUUCAGGUCGCAAGGCUGAGAAGAAGAAGGGCAAAAAGAAUGCGAACCGUUUGGAAGACGUGCCUGAUAAGCAGCGCAAUCCCAAAGCCUUUGCCUUCAAUUCGGCCGUGCGUGCCGAGCGUAAAUUCCGCCGGAAACAGGACAUAGACACGAAAAAACAGCAUGUUCCUCUUGUCGAUCGCACCCCCUUGGAGCCCCCUCCGAUUUUAAUCGCGGUGGUGGGCCCCCCGAAAGUGGGCAAGAGCACCCUAAUCAACAACUUGAUCAAGUUGUUUACAAAAUCGCCCCUUGUCGAAAUCAAGGGCCCCGUUACGAUAGUCACCGGCAAAAAACGCCGAAUCACUUUCAUCGAGUGCAACAACGAUAUCAACAGCAUGAUCGACCUGGCGAAAGUGGCCGAUUUGGUGCUGUUACUGUGUGACGCGAGUUUCGGCUUCGAAAUGGAAGUGUUCGAGUUUUUAAACAUUUGCCAAGUCCAUGGAAUGCCCAAAAUCAUGGGCAUCUUGACCCAUCUAGACAUGAUCAAAAACGCGAAAACUCUCAAAAACACGAAAAAAGUCCUAAAACACCGGUUCUGGACCGAAGUGUACCCCGGCGCUAAACUUUUCUACCUCUCCGGACUGGUACACGACGAAUAUUUGCGUAAUGAAAUUCGCAAUUUGGGGCGUUUCAUCUCCGUGAUGAAGUUCCGCCCUCUGACGUGGCGCACCACUCACGGCUAUUUGUUAGCCGAUCGCUACGAGGAUUUAACCAAUCAGGAACUGGUCCGGCAAAACCCGAAGUGCGAUCGUAACAUCUCGCUUUAUGGGUAUGUCAGAGGCGUGGCGAUUAAAAACCACGCCUCCAUUCACAUUGCCGGGUUGGGUGAUGUUAAAAUCCACGACGUUUCGUUUUUGCCCGACCCUUGCCCACUCCCUGAACAAAUCAAGAAGCGGGCAUUGGUCGAAAAGGAGAAGCUGAUUUACGCCCCUUUUUCGGGAGUGGGGGGGAUUGUCUAUGACAAAGACGCGGUUUAUGUCGAGUUGGGGGGCUCACACAGUCAUAGUAAGAAAAACGAGGAUGAGACUGACAUUGUUACCAACUUGAUCGAUACGCAGAAGACGCUAGAUGUGAAAAUGGCGCAUUCGAAAAUACAGAUUUUCACGGGAGGGAAGGAGAUAACGGGGGAGGAAUUUGGGGCUGGUAGUGACGAGGAGGAGGAGGAGGAGCAAGAAACGGAAACGAAACUUUACGAGAAGAAAGAAGAAGAAAAGGAGGAGGAAGAUUUGGAGGGUGAAUUGAAGAAAUUGAGGGGGGCGUAUGAACGGUUUCAGGAAGAAAGGGUGGAGGAUGAUGGGAGGGUCAGGAGGAGGGUCGUUUUUGAGACAGGAGAUGAGCAAUUAGCCAAUAGGAUUGAAGACUCAGAUGGUGAGGACUCGGAUGAUUCAGAACAAAAAAUUAAGAAUGAAGAAAAUAAGGAUAAAAAGAGAAUGAAGAAAACAGAUUGUGACAAUGAACGCAAAAUGACGAAUUUUAAAGAAGAAAAUACUGAUGAUGAAGAUUCGGAUGAAGAAAAUACAGAUGAUGAGGAUUUGAAUGAUUUUGCGACAGAAGAAAAUGAAGAUGAAGUGCUUGUGAGAAAGAAGAAUGAAACAGAAAACAAAGAUGAUGUCCAUUCGAAAAUUAGCAAUAUUUUGAAGAAACUGGACGAGAAGAAGGAAGCUACACUUGUUGAAGAGUCUUCGGAUGAAUUUGAAGAACAAGAAGACGAAAAUCAUGAUGAAGAUGCGUCAGAAUCUGAAGAUUUAGAUGAAGACUCUGAAGAUAACGACGACGUAAAAUGGAAAGAUAAUCUGGCGGAAAAAGCACACAGUGCCUUCUUGGAUCGCCAGAGCACCAAUCAGAACCUCAUGAAGCUAGUUUAUGGCGUUUUCGAAAAGAAUAACAGAAACGAAGACGAAGAAACACAAACUGAACCGGAAGAAGACGAAGAAGAAACGAUCGGUGGUCUCUUCAAGAAGGUUUCUCGCGCCCAGCAAAAGCUCAAACUUGACAAGGACACAAUGAACCUUCCUGAAUCUUCCUUAAUACAGCCCUGGAAUGCCCCUGUCAGAGACUACCUGACCGAAGAAAACAAAACAACAAUUGUCAAUUGUUUCGUUACCGGCAAAUGGAAGAGUUCGGAAGACGCUUCGGAGCUUUUAAAAUUAGACGAUGCCGAAGAUUUAAGCGAUAUGGAUGAUUCAGAAAUGUUCGGUGAUUUUGAAGAUCUGGAAACGGGUGAAAAACACACGAAGCGGAAACGCGACGAAGUGGAGAAAGACGAAGAGGCCGACAGGCAAGCCUUGGCCGAGAAGAAGCGCAAAUUGAAGGAGAAAUUCGAUGAAGAAUAUGACAACACGGAGAAGAGCUCCUAUUAUGAUGAUUUGAAACAAAGCGCGGAAAAGCAAGCACAGCUGAAUAAAACCGUCUUUGAGAACAUGGCCGAUGAUGUCCGAGUGCAGAUCGAGGGUUUCCGGCCGGGGAUGUACGUCCGAAUCGAGAUUCGGGACGUUCCGGCUGAAUUCGUGACGAACUUCAACCCGACUUACCCUCUGAUCGUCGGCGCUCUCAACAUGGGGGAGGAAAAUAUCGGGUACGUCAACGUGAAAAUAAAGAAGCAUCGCUGGUAUAGCAAGAUUCUCAAAACGGGGGAUCCCCUCAUUGUUUCGCUCGGCUGGCGGCGCUUUCAAACCCUCCCCAUUUAUUCCAAACUCGAGGACGAUUUAAAGUUUCGUUACCUGAAGUACACGCCUGAGCACUUGGCGUGCAAUGCGCAUUUUUGGGGCCCCAUUACGCCCCAAGGUUCGGGUUUCGUUGCUCUGCAGUCAGUCGCGUCCAAUCCGGAGAUUUUGAAAAAGCAAGGCUUCCGUAUCGCUGCCACAGGCGUGGUCCAGGAGUUGGACAAGUCGACGCAAAUCAUGAAAAAGUUGAAGUUGGUGGGACACCCCUUGAAAAUUUACAAAAAGACGGCUUUCAUUAAAGGCAUGUUUAAUACAGCCCUCGAAGUGGCGAAGUUUGAGGGGGCGAGGAUCAAGACAGUGUCGGGGAUCAGGGGGCAGAUUAAGAAGGCGGUGAACAAGCCUGAGGGCUGUUUCAGGGCCACGUUCGAGGAUAAGAUUUUGUUGAGUGAUAUUGUCUUUUGCCGGACGUGGUAUAAAGUCGAUGUGCCCCAGUUUUAUACUCCCGUGACCACGCUUUUGCUGCCGGAGGACAGGAAGAACUCGUGGCGCGGUGUUAGAACGACUGGGGAAAUCAAACGGGAGAAAGGAGUUAAAAAUUUGCCCAAUGAGGAUAGUUUAUAUCGGCCAAUUGAGAGACAACCUAAGCCGUUCAAACCCUUGGUCAUUCCUGCCAAGCUACAAAAAGCGCUACCGUACCGUGAUAAGCCCAAACAUGGCGUCAAGGCCACUGAUAAGAAGAGGGGCAUUGAUAGGGUGGCCGUGAUCCGCGAGCCCCACGAACAAAAGGUCUCGAACUUGAUGAAAAUGGUUAAAACAAAUUACGAGUAUAAACAAGAGAAGGUUAAAGCCGAGACCCAGGAGCGACUACAGAAGCACCGACAAAUGGUCGAAGCACAAGAAACAAUGAAGGAAAAGAAAAUCAAACAGAAGAAAAAGGAAGUGUUCCGCAAGAAAAGCAAAGCCCAAAAUAGCAAAAAAUAAUAUAUUUUGUACAAUUUA